UCAACGAACAUCAAUCUAUUUAUAGAAUAUCGGGUAUAUAUACUCGCAAUUAGUUUAAAUAUAACAAAAUACAAACAACAGUUCGUCUUCAUUAUGCAUAUUUGCUCCUAUACUGCCAGCAGCUGACUUUAUUUCGAUGGGAUGCAGCUCAUCUAUUGCAGGGGAGCAAAAGAAAUAUCCUGACAACGUCCUAUCAUCUAUAGCUACCUCAAACUGUGCUGGUGAUAAAACAAUUGUAGCAAUGCAAAAACAGGCAGAACAAUGUGGUUUGUCUGAUGAUGAAUCUAACAGUGAGUGUGGCGUAUUAACAAACCAUGGACCAGUAGAUCCAUCCGAUCUUAUUAACUCAGGCAGAAAGUAUAUGCUAGUUAUUAAAGAAAAUUAUAAUAAAAGAAGCAUAGGUGCCUUCGUUAAUACUGAUCUUCAGAAUGCUGCUUUAUCAUUGAAUGAUAUCGUCUCCGGUCUGCUUAACCUAGAGAAUUCCACGAGAAGGUCAGACAUGCAACAGAAGUUAACGAUGGAGUUAAAACAGAAUCAGACAGCUGAAAUUUAUUGUAAACUUUGCGCUGAAAUAUUGGAAUCUGGCAGCAGCUCUGAAUAUCCUGGAUUAUCGCCAGAACUGAUUGAACCUGUAAUGACAAUGUUGUGGUACCUGUUGAACUGUUCUAAUGAAAACUCUGUUCUGAGUGGCAUUAUAUCACAGCAAACACACUUCCUUACCAUAACUACUAGAAAGCUGCAACAGUGGAGGGUUACUCACUUUAGUGGAACGGAUAUGGAGUCAGUGGAAGGAUCAGAUAUUCUAGAAUCGCUGAUGACAAUUCUACACAACAUUGCCAUGUUUGAAGAUAAUGUUCCCAAAGUUCGAGAGGUAAACUGCAUUGAUGCAAUGAAACCAUAUUUGGAUUCGAAAGAUAAUACAAUUCGACUCCUGUGUUUAGCAACCCUUGCUGAUUUAGUGAACGAAUCUGAAAGUGAGAUAUUAAAGAGCAAUAGUGAAGUCAUAACGUUUUUAAUGUGGACAAUUUCUACGGCUUUGGAAAUUGAAGACAGAAACUGUGACGGCUGGUCUCUGGUGGAAUUAGCCAGAAUUGUUCAUCAAGUGGCGAGAAAUGAUAACAAUAAGAGAACAGUUGUACAGCAUGGCGCAGUUCCUCUUCUUGUGAAAAUCAGUGGCAUUGGCAACAUCGAGGAACAACGUGAGGCUGUUCGGGCUAUCUGGACGUUAUCAUUUGAUGAACAAAACAGAACAGAGAUGAUCGAAACGAAAAAAUGGAAGGUGAUAAAGACUCUAAAAAAAAUGUCCACAUCGUCAGACCAAGAAGUAAAAAGAAUUAGCAAUAAAGCUUUAUGGACGAUCACAGACCACCAAAAAAGCUUGCAAACUCCAAAUGGUGGUUUGGAAGACGGUGAAUCUACAGGAAGUGUCAACAAACACAUUAUGAUUAGCUACAACUGGGGGCAUCAACCAAUGGUAAAACAGAUACGUGAUAAUUUAAGGAACAGUGGUAUCAAAGUCUGGAUGGACGUCGAUGAUAUGCAAGGGUCAACACUGCAGGCUAUGGCGAAGGCUGUAGAGCAAGCAGAUAUUGUCCUUGUCUGCUAUUCAUUCAAAUAUAAGAACAGUGACAACUGUAGAGCUGAGGCAGAAUAUGCAUUUCAAUUGAAGAAAAAGAUAAUACCAUUAAAGAUGGAGAUGAAUUACAAGGCCGAUGGUUGGCUAGGGUUUAUUAUUGGGGCCAAACUGUUUUAUGACUUCAGUGGAAAAUAUCCAGUCGAGAAAAAAACAAACGAACUUAUUCGAGAAAUACUGGAGUCAUUGAACAGAAGUACUAAAGUGUUGGUAGAGGUACCAGAACAUGUUGUUAAAUCUCAUCAGGAGCCAAUUUUACAAGCAGAGAAGCCAGUGAUGUCGGGUGCAAAACCAACGGAGGGAACAUGGGGAAAGACUACUGUAAUUAAUACAGUGAGGAAAUGGACACCUUCACAAGUAGAGAAAUGGUUGGAUAAUAACGGUUUGCCAAAAAAAUUACUGGGUCGUUUACGAGGAAAAGACGUGGCAUUUUUUCGGCUGCUUGUACAAGAGUGUCCAAGUACAUUCUACCAAACAAUCAGGGAUCAAUUGGAUUUAAAGGAUGUAAAAUCAAUGUCGGACUUCAGGUUUGCCUUGGAGGACCUCGACACAGACACGCAUUCCUUUUCAUCUUUGUAAUAGUGACAAAUGAAUAAAUAAGACAUUGUAGAAAAUAGAAUAUCACGCGAUGUGCAUUAAAUGGUCCAUACAUGUAUAAUAGGCUUUAAUAUUACAUACGUAUGUACCAUAUUAUAAAUGACACAUAGGCUGAGAUGGUGAUAGAACAGAAUACAUAUACUGUAUAAGAAUCGUAAAGUGGACAUUUAUGGUAACCGUGAGACAGCAUUUUUGUUUUCCUUCUGUAUUUAAAAUGUUAUGAAUAGGUAUGAUCAGCGACAACUGGUCAAUUUGAGAACAAUUGACCAAAUUAUGAAACAUGUGAAGUUAUUAAUAAAAUAUAUCUGAUCUUA